ACUAAAGCUCCCUAAUAACGCGGAUCCUUGCAAUGCUGCACUUUCUAACUACUAAGCACACUUUUCAGAUAAAUAAAGAAAGUGGCUCGUUGGAAAUUAGAACAAUUAUCGAUUGUGUGAAGACAAACAAAACAUUGUCGAUUUUAUGAAACUGACAUGGUCAACAAAUAUUUCCACAGGCAUUUUCUCCUUAAAAGGUUAUGGCAUUUAAAUGUCAACAAUUCUUAGCAAUAUCAAUGGACGAACGAAAAUUUUCAGCUAUCACAGUAGAAAGUUCAUCUCCGUAGCAGUGACUCAUUGAUGAAUUAGUUCAUCAUGCCUGUGAACUCACAAACUUACUGGUCAACAAGAGCCGGCCAUUAUUUUGAAGAAACGAGAUGCAGCACAGUGAACUCAAGUACAUAUAAUCGCUAUCGCGCUGACAUUCAGCUUAAUGCCACGUUUUUAACAUACAUACAGAUCCAUUGAAUCAGUGUAAGGAGCCCACCAAACAUCAACAUGAAAUCUUUUGCAACGGUGUACUUGAAUGAUUAGUUAUUCCGGUGGUCAGGGGUGCGAGUGCUACACAGGAAAUGCAUGCAAAUGCACACGCGCACAUAGAACUUUUUAUAGCAGACUGUAGAUUGUGCAGACAAAUAUACAAAUCAUACGAUUGUUCAUAUAGGCGAAUCAUAUGACCAAACAGGAAGAUAAGGAAGGGUAGCGGUCAUGAAAGUUUACCUGACAGACGAUGUUUUCAGUGCGUGUAUAGUUUUAGCCUAAACUAGGAUAUGUACUGUAACAAAACCAUUUAUUUAUUUUAUUUAUUUAUAAAUACUGCAACUCCGAUUUGGGGUUUUAGCAGAGUGGAAAUACAUUUGUUGCGUUUUGAAAAUCGGCAGACAACUGUAACAAUAAAAGAAAUACACGGAAAGGAAGUACAUAAUUUGGCAAUGUAAACACAAUGAUGUACCGGAAUCAUGCACAAGAGCAUAUAAUUAGCUUAUCACGACAUGUGAGACAAGUCACUGCUGUAUGUAUACAGCAAAAAGGUUUGCGGAUGGUUGGGAAACGACUUCAUUAGUAAGUUUAUUCAAUUCAGUUAUUUACCUAUGAAAUAACGAAUACUUAAAGGUGUUACUUCAAGUGGAAAAAGCAGUUAUGGUCAAGGCAUGUCCCUGCCUUGUGGCAUAUCCUGUAGAAAAAGAAGGUAUCUACGAUAUCUCUACCUUAUAAUAACCUUUAACUAACUCAAACCAAAAUUUUAAUCUCAAAACAGCGUUGGGAGGUUGGCUUUUGCUAAUAAUGAUGUGAUCGAAGUUCGCCCAAAGCUGCUAUAAAUAAAUCUCACCGCUCUCUUUUGCAUUCCUUUCAAUUUGUUUAACAUGUUUUUGAGUGUAUACAGGUACCAAAUUAUAGAUACGUAAUCUAAAUUUGGCUGAACAAUUGCUUAAACGAACAAGGCGAACAGUGGGAGUAGAAAGUUUGAGAGCUCGUCUUACACAAAAGAGCUCAUAGUUAGAUGAGCUAAUUACAUCGCUUAUGCGUUUCGUCCAGCUAAGGUCAUGUGAAAACCAAAGACCAAGAUACUUGGAGCACUCCGCUUUCAACAGAAAGAUGUUACAAGCUGAAUAUGUGAAAUGAAGAGUAUUACGUUUAUGGGAAAUUUUAAUGAAAACGGUCUUUUCAAGGUAACACACACCAACGAACAACCCGUUAAAGUACUUCGUUCAAAUAAAUUUGAUCUUGCUGGCUUUCGAUUUCCGAGUAAAGGAUGCAGUCAUCUGCAUAAAACUUAACUUUUAGAGAUAUGUCUUGUAUUAUAUAAUUUAUAAAUAAAAGAAACAAAAGAGGCCCGAGCACAGAGCCCUGAGGGACAUCAGAGUCAACUAGUACUGUGUGAGAAUAGCAAUCAUUAAAGGAAACAUACUGUUUUCUAUUCGAGAGAAAAGCAUAAAUCUAAUUUACAAGCUGAGAGUUUUCAAACAUUAUAUCUAACUUGAAGAGUAGUUCAUUGUGAGAUACUUUAUCAAAAGAUUUAGCGAAAUCCAUAAAAAUUGCAUCAAUCUGUUUUCUGUAAUUUAUAGCUUGAGCGAAAUCAUGUACGGUAGUUACUAAUUGAGUGCAAGUAGAAAACCCUUUCCUGAAUCCGUGUUGGGAACUUGACAAAAUAUUAUACUUAUCUAAAGAUUCCGAAAUAUGCUUAUGUAUUAUAUGUUCAAGAAUCUUACAUGACGGGGAAAUUAAAGAGUCAAAAGCGUGGCAGUUUGGGCGAGUUGGUAUGUCAUGACUGUUUUAGGCUUGUAGCGCAGCUCGGAAGAGCAAAAAAGGAAGGAGGCAGGGGUAAUCAAAGGGAACGGAAAACCGAGUGAGCGCUAACAUCCAACUGAUGGUUCAUUUCGUGACACAAGACUACUUAUACACUCGGCAAACCAUAUGACAUCAGGAGAUAACAAAGAAACGAAGCAACAAAACCGAUAGUAACCAAGUGGUAACAUAUUCAGACAGCCUGUGGCUGCAGUCGGAAAUACGCCAAUUCAUUGCUUGAUAAGGAUAAUGAAGGUGAGCUUACACAUGCAUGGCCCAGACCAAUGAUAGCCUUUGCUUCGAUGAUUUCUCUUGUGAGCUGAUUACGACUGCGACCAAGAAUGACGCAUUCCUUUAAGACAGGUUCGCAACCACACGUUUUGCAUUGCUGCGCAAGAAACCCCCCAGCUGUAAUACAAUUCUUGGCAUUGUAACCAUGUUCGCGCAUCCUGUCAUUCAGACAUCGGCCAGUUUGACCAACGUAACGUUUUCCGCAGUUGAGUGGAAAACAAUAAACAACACAAUGUGUGCAAUUAACAAACUUAUUUUUGUGGUUCUUGUCACAGGAAAGAGGAGCUACCUUGUUGGGAUUAGUGAGUUUACAAAUCCUCAUUAGCUUGUUAGGGGCAGAAAACACUACACGAACAUUCGCUCGCUGGGCGAUUUUCUUAAGAUUAUGUGAGACGGUGUGAAUAUAAGGGAUGACGCUAGUCCUACCCCGAGUAGUUACAGGAUUAUCUGCGUGCUGGUUGUCUUUUCUACGCUCUCUUAGAAUUCGUUCUGCUAUUGACACUUGUAGGGACACGGGAUAACCAGCCUGCGAAAGCCGUUCGCACUGAGAGGCAAAGCUAGACGAAGCAGUAUGGUGGCACGACUUUUUCAAAGCGUUAUUAAGGCAAAGGUUAGCAAUGCCUCUCUUGAUCAACUUGGAAUGGGCAGAAUGAAACGGAAGAAGUGGUUUGCUAGCACGAGGUUCAUAGGACCAACACGUAUGAAUAUCCGAACAAGCUAAGCGCAAAUCCAAAAACCGUAUCUCAUGAUCCUGUGGGAGCUCGUAGGUAACGUCAAGGGGCGCAAGGCAUUCUUGGACUAUUGGCACUACCGAGGCAACCUCAGUCUCAAGGUCAGCCGGAGAACACUGAACACAAAACAAAAAAUCGUCCACGUAACGAAAUAUUUUAAAAAUGUUAGUCUAACAAAGGUUGACUGACAUGGCGACGUCUAGGCGAGCUAAAAAUAAAUCACUGAGGAGCGGGGCAAUGCACGAUCCAAUGCACACUCCGUUUUUCUGCAAAUAGAUGGUGUCAUUCCAUGUAAUGAACGUAGAUGACGAAUAAAAGCUCAAAAGUCCUAAAAAGUGAUUGCUAGACAGCCCAGCAUUAUUUUGAAAACGGGUGACGCCAAAUUCAUCAAUUGUCUGCGAAAUAGCUGACAGCAGGUCAUUGUGAGGAAUGGAAUAGUAGAGGUCCUUCACAUCGACGGAGAAGAGUUGAAAGCCUCGAUCAGAGUUGUCCUUUAAAAAUUCAAUUACUUCAUCAGAGUUGCGUAUUAACAACGGGUCAUUCACGGGUAAAAUGGCUAGCUUGGCCUGCAGAAACAGUGCAAAAGACUUCUGCCACGUGUCCUUUUCAGAAACAAUAACCCUCAACGGGACGUCAGGUUUGUGCGUUUUCGCGCUAAAGAACACCUCUAGGUGAUCUCGUUUGCUGCUGGCAAUAUUUCUCAUCACUUUGUCCAAGUUGCAUUCCCUGCAAAGUUUCUUAGCCUUAUCUUUUACCUUACUUAAGGACACUGUAUCCUGACGCUUAAAAACGGCGGAAAUUGCCAGACCAGCUUUUGCGUGAAAAUUCCCUUCCGAGAGUACACAGAACCCGCCUUCUUUAUCUGCCGGUAACACGCAAGUCGAAUUGUCACGCAGAUAGUUAGCUACACGUCUCAACGAAACCUUCGGAAGUGCCUGUCUAAAGCGGGAUAUGGCCCCUACACCUUCGGAAAUAACGCGCGAAACAUCCUAUUCCGCCGCGAACUUGGAAAUCUGCCUCACCAUUGAAAGCAUCUCUUCCGGUGGUUUACUAGACUCCACCGCGAACUUAGGUCCCAACGCCAAAACGUUGUGGAUGUGUUCUGGUAGGUCCAAGUUUUCCGGCGAGUGAACAGUGUUUCCAGGAGUCGGUCUUGAUUGGGAUUGAAAGAGAUUGGGCGAUAAUUACUAGCGUAAUGUGUGCUUCAACUCUUAUGAAGGGGCUUUACUAUGGCAGUUACCCGGUGAUCUGGAAUUCGGCUCACAUUGAAAGAUGUAGAGUAUUGUCAGAUACUUUAAAACCUACUUACAUAACGUUUUAGGAACUCAUUCGGUAUUCCAUCCGGCCCAGGAGAUUUGUUUACCUCAAGCUGCAAAAGUAAUUUUAAAAAACCCUGCUUUCUAAUCGUAACGUCAGAUAUAGGUGGGCACGACACAUCAAAACGCUCAAGGACUUCGUUAUCCUUAGUGAAUGCUGAUUUAAAAGAGCAUUGAAAGCAUUACAAAUAACAAAACACUCGCUCAUUUCUACACCGUUAACUUCAAGAACAUCACUGGUCAGAGUAAUUGGGGAAAUCAGACUCUGGAACCUCUCAGGAGACGACGAUAUGAAGUUGGGAAGCUACUUCCCGAAAUAGCGUUCCUUGUCAGCCGAUACAUUUAUCUUGACUUGAGGAGAAAGUUCCGUUAUUUGCUGCUGGAGAGCACCUACGUCAUCAAAAUUGCGUUCUUUAUUUCUUAACCGUUUUAGUCGUCUUUGAAACUGCAACGUCUUCCAAGAAAUCCAGGGCUUCUUUCCUUUCGAUUUAUUGACGAUACGUGGAACAAAUCAUUCAACGCACUGAUUUAUGAGAUCCCUUGUACCAUUUUGUACAUUUUUUGACUGUCUUGUACAUAUGGUGGCCGUACGCUUAUCAGUGGCCACGGUGGUACUGGAAUCAAUCAGAGAGCAUGCGCUUGAGCCUUCCUGCCAGAAAAAUAGGUAGUCUGGAGGAUCUCAUUCCUCAGAUAAAGCCUAUCUCGAUCUCCUCCACCUGUUCUUUCGCAGGCCAACGCAAGACGAUAGGCAAGCCAUUCAUUCCUCUCUUCGUGAAGUCGACACGACGUCUGGAAUGGCGCUUCCGGACACUCGGGCAUGCUGGCCUGUGGCGGCCUCCGCGGCCGUAUUUGUCUUCUUCGGCAUGAUGUUGAUAAAAUCCGAGUCCGUCAUGUACGUGGGAUUCAUGAACAUGUUUCAGGUCAACCGGGAGAAAGCGUCGUGGCCCCUCACUAUCGCCAUCAUCAUGUCGCAGCUCUCAGGGCCCCUGUACGGUCUGCUCAGUCUCUGGCUUUCGGACCGGGUCCUGCUGAUGGCCGGCGCCCUUCUCUGUGCGCUGCCUGUCAUGGCCUGCGCCCUGGCACAGAGCCUGGGACUCGUCAUCUUCCUCUACGGUGUCCUCUUCGGGCUAGGAGUGGCCUGUGAGGAGCUAUUACCGUUCACGGUGGUGGCCCGGCACUUCGUUCGCUACCGAGGCACAGCCAUGGGUCUGCUCUUCGCUGUGACCGCCGGCUCGGGCUUCGUGUCCCCCCUCAUUGUUGAAGCGCUGCGGCAGGCCUUCGACUUCCGCACGGCGCUGCUCAUACUGGGCGCCAUCGAGCUGAACAUGCUGUUCGGCUGCGUCUUCGUCGACCGCGUGCCACGGAGCGGCAGUCGUGUGGGCGGCGACUGCGAAGCGCCCCCGAAGUCGGUCGCUCGAGGGCGCGCCCGUGCGAGCACCUUCCACACUGCGUCGCUUGCCAAAUGCUGCUCCAAGGACCUCGUCUCGUCCCUUCCAAUUCCAAGGUCCCCCGCAGGCAGCUAUCCGAAGGAGGCGGACCCGCUGCUGACAAAAGGCGUCUCGAGGAAGCUGGUCUCGCUAGCGUCCGCGCCGUUCCUGCACGUCGCGGCGUCGCGAGCAGUGUCCGUCUUCAUGCUCUCGUCGUUCCUGCUCUCCGCCGUGGACUUUGGCUCGGACAACGGUCUCGCUGGCUACGAGGCUGUCGCUCUGGUCACUGCGAGCGCUGUCGGAGACCUGGUUUCACGAGUAGGCACCGGCCUACUCUUGGACGCUAAAGUGCUAAGCGGCGAAGCCCUGAUGCUAUGGAGCUUCGCUGUCCAGGCAGCAGCCAUGGCUCUCUUGGCACUCGCGAAGAAAUACUGGCUUCUCCUUGCCAGCUGCUUCUUCACUGGCCUGACGGCAGGGGGUCGAAUACUCGCCUGCACCAUCAUGGUUGCCGAGCUUUUCGACGAACAGUCGCUGUCGCUCAGUCUGGGCAUCACAAACUUCACAGCCGGAAUCAUUUGCUUGGCGAGGCCAUCCCUCAUUGGCUACGCACGAGACGUCGUCGGUUCGUACAGCCCCCUCUACGUGGCCUUCGCCGUAACCAACGCAGUUUUUGCAGUCACCUGGACGGUGAGCCUGUGCUGGCACAGGUGUCGGACACGCCUGCAACGCAAACUAGCGAACGACGUCACAGAUGAAAAGAAUCAAGGGACACCAGCUUGAGGAACAAGAUACAGUCGUUACACAAUAGAAUAUUCUCUAUGGUCUAGAAUAUGACCUAGAAUGUUCCAACGUAACGCCAUGUUUGUCGCGGCGACAUUUACAAAUUGAUCAACUAAUACCUGGAACAUCCGUAACUUAUUUCGAAGUAAAAUGUUCGCAAUGUCUA